AUGGACCUCUUCUGUAUCUUUUUCUUGGCUGUUUUGUGUUCUUGUUCCUUGGACUAUGCCGACUCAAUAAAAGCCAUCGUUCACAAUCAAGUAAACCCUAAUGACAAUAGUGAAGGGGAAGUAUGGUUUAAUACUACAGGAUAUGGUCUAGCAGACUAUGGGUUCCCUGAGGAGGAUGUUGGUAUAUGGACAUAUUCAUCAUUCAACUACUUAAAGGCAAUAGCUUCACUUGCAAAUGAGGCUGCAAAAAGAUGUUUCCAUGGGGACAUAGUGUUGUUGUAUUACAAAUUCGUUUACAAUGGUCAACACGAAUCAACCGAAGUGGUUUCCAGCUCUGAUAUGAUAAAGGAUAUUGCUGAGUUAUUAGAAAACUCCAAAGGAGCCUCCAAAAAGCAAGAUAAGUCGUUGUAUGAUAUUUUAAGUUCUACAACAUCUAGUGACGAUGUAUUGAAAGUGUUCCAAGUUGCCAAUGGUCUUAAUUCACCAGUUGAUUUACAAGAAGAGCAUUGGAUCAAAUUUCUUUCCAAUCUCUACCUCUUUGGUUUACGCCAAAUUUCAACUUUAGGAGUUGGAUUCAGAGAUUUUGUUUCAGACCUCAUCCAUUGA